AGUAGCAGUAGCUGGCGUGACGUCACGUAGCAGGUCUGAUCAUCAUCGCAGAGGUGAACUGAAGACGUCAAGGACGACUGACUUGUAGCAUCCAGUGGGACUGAUUUCUGAGCCAAGGGUGAGUUCCUGUGGCACUGCAGCAUCAUGGGGGAGUUGUUCCGCAGUGAGGAGAUGACUCUGGCCCAGCUCUUUCUUCAGUCUGAAGCGGCCUACUGCUGCGUCAGUGAACUGGGAGAGCUGGGAAUGGUCCAGUUCAGAGAUCUCAACCCUGAUGUAAACGUGUUUCAGAGGAAGUUUGUGAAUGAAGUGAGACGUUGUGAGGAGAUGGACAGGAAGCUCAGGUUUGUAGAGAAGGAAAUAAAGAAAGCCAACAUUCCAACGAUGGACACUGGUGAGAAUCCUGAAGUCCCAUUCCCACGAGACAUGAUUGACCUUGAGGCAACCUUUGAGAAGCUGGAGAAUGAGCUCAAAGAGAUCAACACUAAUCAAGAGGCCCUGAAGAAAAACUUUCUAGAGCUGACAGAACUCAAGCAUAUCCUCAGACGUACUCAGCAGUUCUUUGAUGAGAUGGAGGAUCCAAACCUUUUGGAAGAAUCAUCAUCUCUGCUGGACCCCAGUGAGGCUGGGCGAGGUGCCCCACUGCGACUAGGGUUUGUGGCUGGGGUUAUAAACCGGGAGAGAAUCCCCACGUUUGAAAGGAUGCUGUGGAGAGUCUGCCGUGGAAAUGUCUUUUUACGUCAGACAGAGAUUGAGGACCCUCUUGAGGACCCCACAACCGGAGACCAGGUGCACAAAUCUGUGUUUAUCAUCUUCUUCCAAGGAGACCAACUGAAGAACAGAGUGAAGAAGAUCUGUGAAGGGUUCCGUGCAUCUCUGUACCCGUGCCCUGAGACCCCUCAGGAGAGGAAGGAAAUGGCAGCAGGUGUCAACACCCGCAUUGAUGACCUCCAGAUGGUUCUAAAUCAAACAGAGGACCACCGGCAGAGGGUUUUGCAGGCUGCUGCGAAAACCAUACGUGUGUGGUUCAUCAAAGUGAGGAAGAUGAAGGCCAUUUAUCACACUCUGAACCUCUGUAACAUCGAUGUUACACAGAAAUGUUUGAUUGCUGAGGUCUGGUGCCCCGUUUCUGACCUUGAUUCCAUUCAAUUUGCUCUGCGGAGGGGAACAGAACGGAGUGGCUCCACAGUUCCCUCCAUCUUGAACCGAAUGCAGACCAAACAGACUCCACCUACUUACAACAAGACCAACAAGUUCACCUCGGGGUUCCAGAACAUUGUGGAUGCUUACGGCAUCGGAACCUACCGAGAGAUCAACCCAGCGCCAUACACAAUCAUUACGUUCCCGUUCCUGUUUGCUGUCAUGUUUGGGGACAUGGGUCAUGGCCUGCUGAUGACAUGUGCGGCACUUUAUCUGGUCAUAAGAGAGACCCGCCUGCUCGCUCAGAAGAGUGACAAUGAGAUGUUUAACAUGAUUUUUGCAGGACGUUAUAUCAUUCUUUUGAUGGGGAUAUUCUCAGUCUACACUGGAUUGAUCUACAAUGACUGCUUCUCCAAGUCCCUCAACAUGUUCGGCUCAAGCUGGAGUGUGCGGCCCAUGUUUUUCCCUAAAGGAAACUGGACGUUUGAGACUCUGGAUGGUAACUCAGUUCUUCAGUUAGACCCCGCUGUUCCUGGCGUGUUUGGUGGCCCUUAUCCUCUGGGCAUUGACCCCAUCUGGAAUGUUGCCACAAAUAAGCUGACUUUCCUGAACUCGUUUAAGAUGAAGAUGUCUGUAGUCCUGGGUGUCAUUCACAUGCUGUUUGGUGUCACGCUGUCCCUCUUCAAUCACCUGUACUUCAAGAAACCUUUGAACAUUUUCCUGGGUUUCAUUCCUGAGAUUGUGUUCAUGAGCAGUCUGUUUGGUUAUCUGAUCCUGCUCAUCUUCUACAAGUGGACGGCUUAUGAUGCAGCGACAUCUAAAGAUGCUCCCAGUCUACUGAUUGCUUUCAUCAAUAUGUGUCUUUUCAACUACAAUGAUCCUACCAACAAACCCUUGUACAGAGGACAGGUGGGGAUUCAGUCUCUGUUGGUGGUGAUAGCUCUGGCGUGUGUGCCGUGUAUGCUGGUGGUGAAGACUAUGGUCCUGCGCCGUCAGUACCUGUGGAAGAAGCACCUGUCCCAGAUGAGGGAGGCAAGACCUGCAGAGAAUCUAGAAACUUUAGAGCAGACAGGCACCAGCUCACCCACCGGACUCACCCAACAGGGCACGCAGAAGUUCGGUGGCAUCCGGGUCGGAAACGGGCCUACAGAAGACGAGGCGGAGAUCAUUGACCACGACCAGCUCUCGCAGCACUCAGAGGAAGGAGAUGAGCAUUCAGAGGAAGAACCGUUUAACUUUGGAGAUAUGGCUGUUCAUCAGGCCAUUCACACUAUAGAAUACUGUCUGGGCUGCAUCUCCAACACUGCCUCAUACCUGCGGCUCUGGGCCCUCAGUUUGGCUCAUGCUCAGUUGUCUGAGGUUCUUUGGGGAAUGGUGAUGCAUCUUGGACUGUCAUCGAGGAGUGGUGGUGGAUUCUUUGGCCUGUCGAUCAUUUUCUCUGCCUUUGCCACACUAACAGUGUGCAUCUUACUCAUCAUGGAGGGACUGUCUGCAUUUCUGCAUGCUCUGCGCUUACAUUGGGUGGAGUUCCAGAACAAAUUCUACACAGGACAGGGCUUCAAGUUUGUCCCGUUUUCCUUCGAGAGUAUCCUGGAGGGUCGAUUCGAUGAAUGAGCUACUACAGCUUUAUCAAAUAUCAUCAAUUCCCACUCCUGCAUGGAUCCUGUCUCACCCUGUCCUCUUCAGGAGCAGUGCUGUCUGGUGAUGUGUUUGUAAGAUGUGACCCCUAACCUAUGCACAUUGGGUGUUUUUGAGAUGUGCUGUGUUCUGUAAGCCUUCCUGCCAGAUUUGUAACCCACUUUAUGUAAACAGUCCUUUAAAACAGUGGGUUAACUAUAAUAGAUGCUGCAAUGUUACAAAUGUCUAAGGAGUACUGACUGGAAAUCUAGAUUGAACAGUUUAAUGACUUAUUUUGAAUGAUUUCACAGACUGCACUCAAAAAAGGGCUUUUCACACUGCUCUUGACCCUGGGUUAUCACCAUUCUAAACUUUGACCCCAGGUAAAGGUACGUUUUACACAAAUUUAAAAGCGGGGUUAGCACCGGAUUGCGGUAGCAAACUUGUGCAAUGUGAAACAAUGCGGUAUUAGAAUAUUAUGGAUAGAUGCUUAGCAGCAGAUACCCAAUCGUGCCUCAUAUUCACAUACUUUGGACAGUCAUGGAAACAUUGCACAUUGUAUAAACAGUUAUUUCAGCGUUUGAGGGGAAAAAUGUCAACUGGUGACAGAAAACCUAUGAACUGAUAUGUACCUGAUAGUCUACAAUAUAUAAUACGAGGAUGAGCCAUGCUAGAACCAUCCCACAUUCUUCUAGUCAAUGACAAUGACACCUCAAAUUUGCAAAUAAGACCGUUAACCCAGGAUUUAUGAAUGUACAGUGUGAAACAUCAGAUUAAGAACAGCCAUGAUUAAUUGCUAACCUUGGGUAAAUUAUGAGCAGUGUAAAACUUGGAGCAAGAUAACCCAGAAUUCCAUUUACCUGGCAUUUAGAAUGACCCAGGGUUAACUAUUUCAAGUGUGAAAAGCCCUGAAGAGCAAUAUCCAGCUAAUGCAGGAGUGUCCAAUCCUGCUCCUGGAGGGCCAAUGUUCUGCAAAAUGUAGCUCCACCCAAAUCCAACACACUUGCAUGGAAUUUUCUGGUGAGUCUGAAGACUUUGAUUAGCUGGUUCAGGAGUGUUUAAUUAAGGUUGGAGCUAAACAGGUUUGGACCCUCCUGAGUAAAUAAUAUAUUGUAGAGCAGUGGUUCCCAAACAUAUUCCUGGAGUACAUUUUUAAUGUCUCCUUUUCUGACACACUCAUUUCAGGUCAUGGAGUCUCUACUAAUGAAAUGAUGGCCUAAAUCAGGUGUGUUUGAUUAAGGACACAUUCAAAAUUUGAACAGUGUUGGGGGCUCCAGAAAUGUGGCUGAGAACCGCUGUUGUAGAGCAGAGCAUAACUGGAAUAAAAUUUAUAUUCACUAUAGAAUCUUCCAUGACUUUUACAUGAAAAUUUUAAAUUUUUUAAUUCUCUGAUUCCCAGAGAAACCAUGAAAACCUGUAUUUACAUCUAAAACCAUCAGUAAGUCUAGCCUUUAUGGUUAAAUUACAUAAUGGCUCAAUAUAUAAACAUCAGCUUUUCCUGCUGAUGUUACUCUGCACCUAUUGUGUCUCUCCACAAACCAUUCUUAUUGUGUUGUUUUGAAGGGACAGAUAACGUAGAUGGUUUCAGGGAUCACCCUGUUUAAAUUAAUUGAAAAUAUAUAUAACCUUGAUCCCACAUUGAUAAAAAAAAAGAAGCUAGUCAGAAAAAGCAACAACAUUUUACAGAAUAAAGGUUAACAUCCUGUUACUGAGUAGACAACAGUGGAUAUCAUAAGUCUCUUGAGGCAGCUAGUAAAGGUGUUAAUGUUUGGUGGACUGUCUUCAGCUGUGUCUUGCUCAAAAGUUAAACAUAUCGACAUGGAAUUAAAAUAUGAAAGAUUUACUUUAUCUUUUUUUAUUUGUUGCUGUUUAUUGUUUUGCUGUGGUGGUGUGGCAAGUCGUUUACAUGCAGAAGAGAGUGUUUGUGCAUGAACAAAUAUUUCAGUGAGGACUAUACAAUGAGUCAAAGAUGUCUGUUGUUGUAAAACCCUGUUCCUCCUAAAUCAGACAAUUAAAGAUCUGGGGACAAUAAA